AUCCCGCUCCCUAUCCCGCUCCCUGCCCGCUCCCUUGCUCUCCCUCCCCCGCCCCCCCACGCGGCGGUGUCUAUCAUUGUACCACCACCGUUUGUUGUUGAUCUACUGCACUUUGUUUGCCGCUCAGCAGCAGCAAAAGAACGAAGCAGCAGAAUCAACAUUGGAUGGUUGUUUCCCCGCCAUUUCCACUUCCCAACCCCAAUCCGGCCAAGCCCCCCCCACUACCGUGGCCACCACCAGAGACUCAGGACACACGUUCGCGAUGGUUUCAUCCCAUUGAAGCAUCACUCAACCGCAGCAGCUGCUUUGUCAUGCUGCUUCGCUUCGCCCCUGUGCCUUUGCCUUCAUCUUCGCCUUCAUCCUCCUCCUCUUCUUCCUCCGAUAACCGUUCCAGCCAACCCUGCUAACGCCUACUCCGCUCCACAGAUCCCAUCAAUUGUCAGCGAUGACACACUCCCCAUCAUCUUCAUCCGUCGACGACGCCGCCGAGAACACUGCCGACGAAGAGGAUUCCGAAGAUUAUUGCAAGGGCGGCUACCACCCCGUCCAGGUCGGCGAGAAGUUCAAGGAGGGCAAAUACACUGUCGUGCGCAAGCUCGGCUGGGGCCAUUUUUCCACCGUCUGGCUCUCCCGCGACAAUGUCAGUGGCAAGCACGUCGCCCUCAAGGUCGUCCGUUCUGCCGCCCACUACACCGAGACAGCCAUCGACGAGAUUAAACUUCUCAAUAAGAUUGUCCAGGCCAAACCUGACCAUCCCGGCCGUAAGCAUGUCGUCAGCCUCCUCGACUCGUUUGAGCACAAGGGACCCAAUGGCACCCACGUCUGCAUGGUGUUCGAGGUCCUGGGCGAGAACCUGCUCGGCUUGAUCAAGCGCUGGAACCACCGUGGUAUCCCCAUGCCCCUCGUCAAGCAGAUCACCAAGCAGGUUCUCCUCGGCCUCGACUACCUCCACCGCGAAUGCGGUAUCAUCCACACCGAUCUCAAGCCCGAAAACGUCCUCAUCGAAAUUGGCGAUGUCGAGCAGAUCGUCAAGCGCGUCGUCAAGCCCGAGACCCCCGACAAAGAGAACAACCGCAAUGGCCGCCGCCGCCGGAGGACUCUCAUCACAGGCAGUCAGCCUCUGCCCUCACCCCUCAACACCAGCUUCAACCACACCAACCUCUUUCCCUCCCAAGCCGGACAUGCUAGCCUUGCUGGCGUGCUCAACGAAGGCAACAAGUCUAAGGACUCCUCCCCGAAGGCCGAAGAUUCCCAGAAGCAGCGAGAGAAGUCUGCGGAUCUCCUUAGCCGAGAAGUCUCGGGCAUUUCCCUCGACAAGUCGAACUCGCCAUCUGCAUCCACAGGCGAGAAGCGCAAGGCCGAGGACGCUCACGCCUUCGACAUUAUCAGCGUCAAGAUUGCGGACCUGGGCAAUGCCUGCUGGACCAACCACCACUUCACCAACGACAUCCAGACAAGGCAAUAUCGGUCACCCGAGGUGAUUCUGGGUGCCAAGUGGGGUGCUAGCACUGACGUCUGGAGCAUGGCCGCUAUGGUGUUUGAGCUCAUCACGGGUGAUUAUCUCUUCGACCCUCAAUCGGGCACCAAGUACGGUAAAGACGACGACCAUAUCGCCCAGAUUAUCGAAUUGCUUGGGCCGUUUCCCAAGUCGCUAUGUCUUAGCGGUAAGUGGAGCCAGGAGAUUUUUAACAGAAAGGGAGAAUUGCGCAACAUCCACCGCCUUCGGCAUUGGGCUCUGCCAGACGUGCUCAGGGAAAAGUACCACUUUAAAGAGGAGGAGGCGAAGCGCAUCGCGGAUUUCCUGACUCCAAAAUUGGAGCUGGUGCCUGAGAAGCGUGCCAACGCAGGCGGCAUGGCAGGCCACAUAUGGUUGGAUGACACGCCGGGAAUGAAGGGCCUGAAGAUUGAGGGCCUGGAAGUUGGCUCACGUGGAGAUGGCAUCGAUGGCUGGGCGACGGAAGUGAGAAAGCGAUAAACGGCGGGAUACGCUUCAAGAAGUCGCGGACAGAGACGAGCCGGACACCAAAGGUAUCAAGAAGCACAAUGGUGGGUCUCUCUUGGAGGACUUGCGCAGCUUGUUUGAAUCUCGGUAUCUUGGUCUUUUUGGGAGAUACCUCUUGACCUGGUUAUGUGCCCGAAGCGAAGAACAGCGCAGUCUGUCUUGUUACCUCUUGCUUGUUUUUUUUUUGCUGUCUUGUUCAA